CUGUCGGCGGGUCUCCUUCCCCAUUCCCCACGACCUCGUGCCUUCAAGUCUUCAACUACGUUACACCCCGGUCCCCGCGCAUUUAAAUCCCCAAGCCCCGUCCCACCCAUGACCCAACCUAGCCGAAAAACACAUAAAGUGAGAAAGAUAAACCGAAACAAAAAGAAAAAGCUGAACUGGACAAAGAAUGCCACCAGUCUUCCAGCAUCACCAGAAAACAUAAACAAACAAAAUAAAAACACCCCCCUCAUUCAUCCAUCCUCCAUUGAAUUUUCAACCUUCUCUCGCGCGCACCACCACCAUCACAACUCAGAGGAGAGAGAAAAUCAUCUAAUCAUCGAUCCAAUCAAACUCAAAAUCAAAUCAUCCAAAUUCAACAACAAUUCCCCCAAUUCUCCCCCAAAAUCAAAAUCAAAAUAAAAAAAAAUGUCGAUCAACAUGAAAACCCUAACCCAAGCAUUCGCAAAAACAGCAGCAGUAAUCGAGAAAACAGUAACAACAACGGUACAAGAAGUAACAGGUCCUAAACCAUUACAAGAUUACGAACUAGUUGAUCAGAUUGGAUCAGCAGGUCCAGGUCUCGCUUGGAAAUUAUACUCCGCUAAGCCACGUGGUGGAUCUUCUUCCACUGCUUCUCAGUAUUCCGCCGUUUGCGUUUGGUUGCUCGAUAAACGUUCCCUUACUGAGGCUCGAACCCGUGCCGGCCUUUCUAAAGCAUUGGAGGAUUCUUUCUUGGAGGUUCUUCGAAAUGAUGCGGCUAGAUUAGUUAGAAUUCGUCAUCCUGGAGUUGUUCAUUUGGUUCAGGCAUUGGAUGAGACUAAGAAUGCUAUGGCGUUUGUAACUGAGCCGCUUUUCGCCUCCGUUGCCAAUGCUCUUGGGGAUUUGCAUAAUGUUGGGAAUGUACCUAAGGAGCUUAAGAGUGCUAUGGAAAUGGGGUUGUUGGAAGUCAAACAUGGGUUGCUUCAAGUUGCCGAAUCCUUGGAUUUUCUUCAUAAUAAUGCUAAUCUUGUACACCGUGCUAUUUCCCCUGAGAGUGUCUUAAUUACUGCUGGUGGAGCCUGGAAGCUUGGUGGUUUUGGUUUUACAAUUUCCAACGAUCAGGCAGCUGCUUCACCAAGUGCGCAGGUCUUCCACUAUGUUGAAUAUGAUGUGGAAGAUUCUGUACUUCCCCUCCAACCUUCAUUGAAUUAUACUGCCCCUGAGUUGGUCCGCAGUAAAGAUUUUUGUGGUGGACGCUCAUCAGAUAUUUUCAGUUUUGGAUGCCUUGCUUAUCACUUGAUUGCUCGUAAGCCUUUAUUGGACUGCCACAACAAUGUCAAGAUGUACAUGAAUACAAUGAACUACUUAUCUAGUGAGACAUUCUCAUCCAUCCCACCAGAGUUGGUUCCAGACCUACAAAGGAUGCUUUCAUUUAACGAGUCUGUAAGGCCUUCGGCUUUGGAUUUUACAGGUUCACCUUUCUUUCGAGAUGAUACAAGAUUGCGGGCUCUUCGCUUCUUGGACCACAUGCUUGAACGAGAUAACAUGCAAAAGUCCGAGUUCUUGAAAGCUUUGUCGGAUAUGUGGAAGGAUUUUGAUUCAAGAGUGUUGCGGUAUAAGGUCCUUCCACCUCUUUGCGCUGAACUUCGAAAUGUGGUAAUGCAAUCAAUGAUAUUGCCGAUGGUCUUGACGAUAGCAGAGUCCCAGGACAAACAAGAAUUUGAGCUAUCAACCUUGCCAGCUCUUGUACCAGUCUUGAGCUCUGCUUCAGGUGAAACGCUGUUGCUGCUUGUGAAGCAUGCUGAGCUAAUAAUAAACAAGUGUAGUCAUGAAGAUUUAGUCUCGCGUGUGCUUCCCAUGCUUGUUCGUGGUUAUGAUGAUGCUGAUCCCCGCAUACAAGAGGAAGUUCUGAAAAGAACAGUUUCUCUUACAAAGCUUCUGGAUCCUCAGUUGGUGAAACAAGCAAUAGUUACUCGUGUACAUGGCCUGGCUCUUAAGACCACUGUUGCUGCAGUGAGAGUCAAUGCUUUGUUAUGCUUAGGGGAGUUGAUUCAUACACUGGACAAAAAGUCUGUUGUAGAAGUAUUGCAAACAAUUCAACGUUGCACAGCUGUUGAUCGUUCACAGCCAACUCUUAUGUGUACCCUUUCGGUUGCUAGCUCUAUCUUGAAGCAGUAUGGAGCAGAAUUUGUCGCAGAACAUGUUCUUCCUCUACUCACUCCUCUUCUAAUAGCUCAGCAAUUGAAUGUUCAGCAGUUUGCAAAGUAUAUGGCCUUUGUUAAGGACAUUUUAAGGAAAAUAGAAGAGAAAAGAGGAGUAUCUGUGACAGAGUCUGGAAUUCAUGAGGUCAAAUCAUCUCCUGCACUAGGAUCUAUGAUGGAACAGCCUCAUGAUAUGAAUGGAACACUCUCAGUAUCAGCUGUAAAGAAGAGCCAGUCAUGGGAUGAAGACUGGCCUGCCACAAAGAAAUUGGACACAUCCAGCCAGUCUUAUUCUACAAAUGUAUCAUCUUCUUUGAAGCCUGUUGAUGAAAAUCGAUUGUCAAAUGGUGCAUCCAUGCAAUCCCAUUCAUCGCUACUACCCUCUGUUUCUGAAUCACAAAUGAUGAAUUCUUGCCCAUCAAUUGAUAUUGAGUGGCCACCUCGUACAUCUGGUGUAACUUCUCAAACUAGUAAUAAUGAGGUGCAAAAUCAGAGAACAUCUACUGCAACGUUUGAUGAAAUCGAUCCUUUUGCUGACUGGCCCCCUCGACCUAGUGUUUCUGGAACUUCAAACAAUGGAAUCUCAGGACUAUCCACUAACAAGUAUGGGUCCGGUUCUAGCAUGGGUUCCUCAAACAAUACAUCUUUCCCGAACAAUGUCUCUAGUUGGGCUGUUGGUACUCCAAGUUCUAUUGAGCCAUCUAAACAGUAUCAGGGAGGUUCAGGAAUGAACAGCUGGGCUUUUGAUAGUGGGCUAGGAUCUGGGCAGCCUUUGGGUGUUGUGAAUCAGAAUCAAGGCAGUUUUAGUUCAGGGAAUUCGAAAGAUCUUGGUUCCAUUUUCACAUCUACCAAAACUGAUCAUACUGCUCUUAGGCUGGCUCCCCCACCUUCCAAUGCUGUCGGUAGAGGGAGGGGAAGAGGCAGAGGAGCUCAAGGUCAUUCUAGUGCGGGUUCAGGUGCACGUAAGACAGCAUCUGAGCAGCCACCCCUUUUGGAUUUGCUUUAAAAGAUGUAUCCUUGGUGCAUAUGUAAUGAACUGGGUAAUUAUUGUCAAGUUAACAAGGACCAGUGUCGAUGGGUACAUACUUGGAGAUCAAGUUGAAGCUCCUAUAAUGAUGUGACUUUUGUUUCAAAAUCAUACACAGCUGAGCAAAAUGUGCCAGCCAAGAGAUGUUACAGGUUUGUUGCUUCUGUUGUAUCACUUGUAGAAUUUUGUAUCAAAAAAUAUAGUAUUAUUUUUUGCCAUUUGGUUCAAUUUUUAUAAGCAGAAUUAGAAUAUUAUUUUUGGAUAGUCAGCCUUGUAAGUUGUAACAUAUGGAUGUUGAGCGGCAUCCUGAAAUGAGAGAAUUGGAGAGAAGAGAGAUCGAGAUUGAGAGGGAAUGAUUAAAUACUUUUGUAAUAAACUAUUAAGAUUGUUAAUUGUAACACUUUGCUUAAAUGACAAUGUGGUUUAAUGGA